CUGAGGCUUGGAGGAUUCACACUGCGUCUUCAGACAGGUACCUCACUCCCUCCAGCAUCAUGCCAUACAACUGCUGCCUGCCCGCCCUGAGUUGCCGCACCAGCUGCUCCUCCCGGCCCUGUGUGCCCCCCAGCUGCCAUGGUUGCACCCUGCCUGGAGCCUGCAACAUCCCUGCUAAUGUGGGCAACUGCAAUUGGUUCUGUGAGGGCUCCUUCAAUGGCAAUGAGAAGGAGACCAUGCAGUUCCUGAAUGACCGCCUGGCCUCCUACCUGGAGAAGGUGAGGCAGCUGGAGAGAGAUAAUGCAGAGCUGGAAAGUAGGAUCCAGGAGAGGAACCAGCAGCAGGACCCCCUGGUGUGUCCUGCCUACCAGGCCUACUUCAGGACCAUUGAGGAGCUGCAGCAGAAGAUUCUGUGCAGCAAAUCUGAGAACGCCAGGCUGGUGGUGCAGAUAGAUAAUGCCAAGCUGGCUGCAGAUGACUUCAGGACCAAGUAUGAGACAGAGCUCAGUCUCCGGCAUCUGGUGGAGUCAGACAUCAAUGGCCUGCGCAGGAUCCUGGAUGAGCUGACCCUCUGCAAGUCUGAUCUGGAGGCUCAGGUGGAGUCCCUGAAGGAGGAGCUGCUGUGUCUGAAGAGGAACCACGAAGAGGAAGUCAACACCCUGCGCUGCCAGCUUGGAGACCGCCUCAACGUGGAGGUGGAUGCUGCUCCCACUGUGGACCUGAACCGUGUGCUCAAUGAGACCAGGUGUCAGUACGAGGCCCUGGUGGAAACCAACCGCCGGGAAGUGGAAGAAUGGUACACCACACAGACAGAGGAGCUGAACAAGCAGGUGGUGUCCAGCUCAGAGCAACUGCAGUCCUGCCAGGCCGAGAUCAUCGAGCUGAGACGCACAGUCAAUGCCUUGGAAAUUGAGCUGCAGGCCCAGCACAACCUGAGAAACUCUCUGGAGAACACCCUGACAGAGAGUGAGGCUCGCUACAGCUCUCAGCUGUCUCAGGUGCAGUGCCUGAUCACCAAUGUGGAGCACCAGCUGGCUGAGAUCCGCUGUGACCUAGAGCGUCAGAACCAGGAGUACCAGGUGCUGCUGGACAUCCGGGCCAGGCUGGAGUGUGAGAUCAACACAUACAGGGGCCUGCUGGAGAGCGAAGACUGCAAGCUACCUUGCAACCCCUGUGCCACAACCAAUGCAUGCGGCAAGCCCAUCGGGCCCUGUGUCUCCAAUCCCUGUGCCCCCUGCCCGCCCCCUGCCCCUUGCACACCUUGUGUCCCACGUCCCCGCUGUGGGCCAUGCAACUCCUUUGUACGCUAGAACCUGGGGGGGUGUCAACGGAGCAAGGACACACAGGGCUUAGCACUCCAGAUCGCUGACCUGUUCUGGGUCCACAAAACAGUCAUAAACCCACAAACCGCAUGGCCAAAGCAGCCCUGGGACGACAGUUGCAGAACCCGGGUCUUCAGCCACUGCACCCUCCUCCAGACCAUUCCCUGUCUGCCUUUUCCUUCAGAAGCAUCCAGCUCUUCAUUGGCCUGCCCAGAAGACUGAAGUGCCAGUGGCCCUCCCUUGUAAUCUCCCAAUAAACAUUU